UAGCAAUUAGCGCCGAAAGGAUAAAAAUUCAGUUAAAAUUGGAUAACUGAAAACACCAUUGUGAGGCCAUCACCAUGUCCCUUUUCUCCUAUCGCAUGGCUUCUCUUUCAUUUAAUACCAUACCAAGUCCAAAUCUUUCUCAUACAAAAUAUUCAACUUUUCACAAAACAAACCAAACCCAUUUCUCUAAACUUCCAUACAAAUUCUAUAUACAUACCAUUUCUUCUCUAUGCAGACAAGGCCAACUUCAAUUAGCUUUGAACAUACUUACUCAAAUGGACUUCAAAAAUUUCUUUAUAGGACCAGAUAUUUAUGGUGAUCUUCUCCAGGGAUGUGUAUAUGAGCGAGAUCUUAUCACGGGUCAGCAAAUUCACGCUCGAAUUAUUAAAAAUGGUGAAUUAUUUUCAAGAAACGAGUAUAUAGAAACUAAAUUAGUAAUCUUUUAUGCAAAAUGUAAUUGCUUAGAUAUUGCAAAUGAUUUGUUUGAUAGACUGUUAGUUAAAAAUGUGUUUUCUUGGGCUGCUAUUAUUGGUUUGAAUGGUAGAAUGGGUUUUAAUGAAAUUGCUUUAAUGGGUUUCUGUGAAAUGAUAGAUUGUGGUCUUUUAGCUGAUAAUUUUGUCGUGCCUAACGCGUUAAAAGCUUGCGGUGCGCUGUAUUGGAUUAGGUUUGGGAAAGGAGUUCAUGGUUAUGUGGUGAAGAUGGGCCUUGACGGGUGUGUUUUUGUUUCUAGUAGUUUGAUUGAUAUGUAUGGAAAAUGUGGGAUUUUAAUGGAUGCAAGGAAAGUGUUUGAUGCUAUGCGUCAGAAGAAUGUGGUUACAUGGAAUUCGAUGAUUAUGGGUUAUGUUCAAAAUGGGUUAUAUCUGGAAGCAAUCAAGGUGUUUGCAAAUAUGAGGUUGGAAGACAUUGAGUAUAGCAGAGUUACUUUGUUGGGUUUUCUAUCUGCUGCUGCUAAUUUGGGUGCAGUUACAGAGGGUAAACAAGGGCACGCAAUUGCUGUCAAAGGUGGAUAUGAGUUGGACAAUAUCUUGGGUAGUUCAAUUUUGAAUUUCUAUUCUAAGGUUGGGUUGAUUGAGGAUGCUGAGUUAGUAUUUAGUAAUAUGGCUGAAAAAGAUGUAGUGACAUGGAAUUUGCUCAUUUCUAGUUAUCUUCAAUGUGAGCUAGUUGAAAAGGCACUCAAUAUGUGUCAUCUAAUGAGAUUUCAAAAUAUGAAAUUUGACUCGGUGACCCUUGACUCCAUACUAUCUGCAUGUGCUAAUACGAAAAAUAUACAGCUUGGUAAAGAAGCGCACUGUUACUGUAUUAGAAACAAUCUCGAAUCUGACGUUGAUGUUGCAAAUGCCAUUGUCAAUAUGUAUGCCAAAUGUGGAAGUAUCCAUGAUGCAAAAGAAGUUUUCAACUCCACAAUGAAUAAAGAUCUUACCUUGUGGAAUAUGCUAUUGACUGCUUAUGCUCAGCUGGGUCUAGUUGGUGAGACCUUGAGGCUUUUCUAUCAGAUGCAGUUGGAGAGUGUCCCACCAAAUGUAACAUCGUGGAAUGCUGUGAUUUUGGGAUUUCUAAGAAAUGGCCAGGUCAACAAGGCCAAAGAGCUGUUUGCAGAGAUGCAGGCUGUUGGUAUCCAUCCUAACCUGGUUACUCUGACUACUCUCAUCUCUGGUCUUAUUCAUAAUGGUUUGGGCAAUGAAGCGCUCGCAAUAUUCCUGAAAAUGCAAGAAUAUGGAAUUAGACCUAAUAUAACAAGCAUCAUUAACACAAUCUCAGCUUGCACAGAUCCAGCAUCAUUGCAGUGCGGAAGAGCUAUUCAUGGCUAUAUCUUAAGGCAUGACCUUUGGUCACAAAUUCCAGUUGCAAAUGCAUUGGCGACUAUGUAUGCUAAAUGUGGUAAUACAAGACAAGCCAAAAGGGUGUUUGAUAUGAUUCUGAGUGAGGCAUCACCCAUGUGUGAUGCGAAUUAUCUCUGCCUAUCACAGACAGAUGCGUUAUCUGAUGGAGGUAUAGAAACACCCCUGGCCGACAUAAGCUAGUAGAGGAGGAAGAAACAGAACCAGAUAGCACAACCUUCACGGAUGAAUAUUCUGCUUGCAAAGUUGAUUGAGGGGCUGUCAAGUGAAGGCCUGGAGUUUCUCGUGGAUAUAGACUCGAACUCUUACCCCAUUUAAAAUGCGUAUGCAGGUCAAGAUGGUAAGACGGGUAUGAAAAAAGGACUGGAAGGAAACAAAGGACCUAAAGAAGGAUCUGGACGCAUAAAAAGAAGAAAAAUCCUUCUUUCUUGCAUACCACGUCUGAAAUUAAUGGAAGUUCAUGGAGAUUGGACUUUUUGAGAAGUCCAGACAUGUUCUAAUCGAGACCUUACCACUCCUGAGCAAAUCUUUGUGGUUGUGAGAACGAAGGUCAAGAGCUGUAUGAGAUGGUCAUUUUUGCCUAAAAGUCUUCACAGCAGGACUACAAUAACUAGUUUCUGCAAUGUCUGUAUAACUUUAGCAGUGGAAAGAAAGUCGAAAACUUUAUCAAAUGCAUGAAAUUUGAAACCCAAACUAUGAUGUGUAUGAACAAACAAGAUUACCUGAAUAAAAAAGCCAUUAAGUUCUGGCUUACACAUACA